AUGGCCGAUUCGUUUUCAAUAAUCUUGGAUUUAAUAAAUUUUAAGUACGCCGAUACCUCAAGAACAGCUGAUCCAUUUCCAAUGAUUUUAGGCUUAAAUGAAUGCUACAAACCUGUAGAACCUAUUUAA